CAAGACCCAUAUUCCCAAGUGCCUAACCUUCUUAACAUCUCCUUUAUCUCUCUCCCAAACCUCAACCAUGGCAGCAAUUUCUUCACUAUUCAGUCCAACUCCAUCAUUCUCCACUCCUCUCUCCUCCUUCAAACUCUCACCAAAACUUCCCCAAGAUUCCAGCCUGCACCUCACUUCUCUCUCAAGGAGAGAUUUCUUGAACGGAUCAGCAGCUCUACUCCCACUCCUCAUCUCUCCUCCGCCGCCUUCACUGGCCAGGGAGGUGGAGGUGGGAUCCUACCUCCCGCCCUCUCCGGCCAACCCCUCUUUCGUCCUCUUCUCCGCCACUUCCAAAGACACCCCUGCCCUUCGUGCAGGAAAUGUACAGCCCUACAAGUUCAUCCUGCCACCAACAUGGAAGCAGAUGAGGAUAGCAAACAUACUGUCUGGGAACUAUUGCCAGCCCAAGUGUGCAGAGCCGUGGAUCGAGGUCAAGUUCGAAGAUGAGAAGCAGGGGAAAAUCCAGGUGGUGGCAUCUCCCCUCAUAAGGCUCACAAACAAGCCUAAUGCAACAAUUGAAGAUAUUGGCACCCCAGAGAAGGUCAUUGCCUCUCUUGGCCCUUUUGUCACCGGGAACACUCUAGACCCCGACGAGCUCGUCGAAACCUCCAUCGAGAAACGAGGCGUUCAGACGUACUACAAGUAUGUGCUUGAUACUCCAUAUGCUCUCACGGGAUCGCACAAUCUUGCCAAGGCGACGGCGAAGGGGAACACCGUCAUCCUCUUUGUCGCCAGCGCCAACGACAAGCAGUGGCCGUCAUCAGAGAAAACCCUGCAAGCAAUUCUUGAUUCCUUUGAAGUGUAAAAAGCCUUUGAUGUCGGAGAAAAGAAUACUUCAAACCUUUCUUCUUUUGAGGUGUUUUGUUAAGCUGUCACUCAAAUAUAUGUUUUGAGACAACUUACAUUGACAAAUUUUCAUCAAAAUAAUCCAAUAGAUGGUUGAUUUGUGAAAUAA